AUCAGCUGUUCAGUGUUUGUUUACCUCGCGCGGGGAGAGAGAUCCUCGUGCUCCCGGCCUUGUAGCGGUGCCGUGGCGGGGCGUGUAGGCGUUGACAUGUAAGCCCCGGUCGUCUACCCUCCGUGCCCUAUGGGGGUCCGUGGACGGGGCAGCACUCACGGUCAACGGCACUGCCCAUACACUCAGUCCACCCUGGCGGGGACCUCACCAAUGACCUCCAUGAAAACAGGGUCCCAGACAAGCCAGUUGGUCUGAAGGCCGUGGCGCUGACUGACCACAUCAGGGUGUGCUGGCAGCCCCCCGCACAGCACAAUGUGCUGCUGUGUGGCUACACCAUUGCCUGGGACCAAGGCGUGGCGGACAUCUACUCCAAGAUCGUGGACAGCAAGCAGCACGGUUACAUCAUUGAUAAGCUGGAACCCAACAUGGAGUUUGUGAUAAGCCUGCGAGCCUUCAACAACGUGGGUGACGGGCAACCGGUGUACCAGCAAGUCCGCACCCAGCCAGAGGAGGAGGAGGUGGUGGCACCCACGCUGGACCCGGCGGUGUGGGUGAAGGCCGUGGUGCUGACGCCCUUCACCGUGGUGCUGCAGUGGGCGGACACCAUGCUGAGCCAGAACCAGUACAACAGCUGCACCACCUUCUCGUCCUCAUCCUCCAGCCGCUACGUCAACGCCACGGAUGUGACCUGCCUCAUUGACAGCCUCAAGCCAUCAACAGUGUGUGAGUUUGCUGUGAAGACCAUCAGGGUGAGACCACAGUGCUGGAAGCCUUCGUUCUUCUUUCAGUAAAUAUUCACUCAGUCCUGCAACACUUCUCAAGGAAAUCCUGCACAGCUGAAUCCUUGCUGUGAUGAGGCACAGAGAAAUUAUGACUCAUAGGGUGAGCUAUUAUUAGUGUUUGAGAUAUUGAUUUUUUCAUUGACCUUUU